AUGAGGGUAACUCCUUCGCCGGCUCUUUUCAAUGUGCUGCAACUUGGGCUAGGCUUUUUCCUGAAUUUUUUUGCAUUCAACUCACAAGGUUUCAUUGAGGAAACGGUAAUUGAAAGUUUCGCGAGUAGGAGAAACAUCAACAAGCAUGCUGGUUAUUACAGCCUUUCUAUAAUAUAUGCUGUAUUCACGAUCUCUAAUAUUGUGGCAGCUCCUAUCGUUAAAUUCUUGACACCAAAGUGGGCCAUGACAGCUGGAGCAUUGUGCUAUGCAGCCUUUCAGGUUUGUGAUGAAAGAACAAGAAUUUUGCUCAUGACAUCAGAUUGA